AGCAGGCUUUGUUGACCUGUGCAAUGUAAUGGGGCUGAUAUAUGAGCAUCACCGGUCAUGGGGUUUAAUUGAAAUGCUCUUGGCAGAUGCUAAAUUGGUCAUCAGCUGGCACAAAUGUAUCGUUGUAGUUGUGUUAUUUAGCUGGGCUGAGAGAGGUGGCUGCCGUGUUGGUGCCUGGGUUAGUGCCGAGGCCGAGCCUGGCCCUGGAGAAUCCUGUCCAAUGGAAAAUUGCAGUUUGGAUGCACCGGAAGUAUUUAAACCUGGAAGCACCUCAUCAUCUCAGAAUGGUCCAGGGUUAUUGCUGGAGUGUGAGAGCGAGGGACUUUCAGAUGCACAGACUUCCAAGAUCCAGAAGCUGCAAGAUGACCUACGCAAGAUUCAAUUCAUUCUUAGGAAUGGAAACACUCAGAAUGAGAGUGUCCCAGUGCAAACAUUGGCUAAUGGCACAGCAAGGAACAGUGUUUCUCCUGUGGCAACAACUGUACCACCACCACUUACUAAUGGCACCAGUGUGGUUGGUCUUCAAGUUCCCCAGUUUCUUCUGCUUCAGAAUGGUCAGAUGAUUGCUGCUGCUUCUACCUUACCUUCAAAUGGGCAGACUACUACACCAGCUCCAACCAGUACCAGCCCCACCCUCAGCCAGGCAUCUAGUGUUUAUUCAUCUACCGAUCUCGCCAAAAAACCGAAGACUCCUACAGUACAUUCUACGCCCGCUAAUAGUACACCAGUUUCAACAAGAACUACACGAAGUUCUGCUAAUGCUAACAAGAACAAUGUUCCUACUCGGUCGAGCAGUCCAGAUAUCCAAGUGUUACGGGAGAUGAGGAUCUCUCCACAAACUACAUCACCUACUCAACCAACAUCAACUGUGACAAGUAGUAGUAACACUACUACAAACAACAACAAUUCUGGCGUCAACAAAUUCAUGCCAUUACUUAAUGUCGUAGCCAGACCCAAGAAUACUCUUCCCCCUGCAGUUGCAAUGAAUCAACGUAAGGAACUUGAUGCUAAAGUUAAAUCGGUGCUAGUCAAAUCUGCACAAGAAUUUGUCGAGUGGUUGCUUGGUGAAGGGAUGAUACGCACCUCUCAGUACUGCACAGCACACAAGAUUCAGCCAACAAUGACACCAGUUAAACUCAAACUCGGAAUGUUCUCGGACCCAAAAGUGCUCUCGACUAGUGGAGGAUAUGUGUGGAUUAGUGAAUGCUGUGGGAAGAAGUAUGUCUCGGUGUACAGUGGUUCAAUUUUUGGAUCAACUCCUAUUGACAAAGUACCACCUACAUCUGUGCUGAAGCUGGUUUACCACUGGGCUUGUCAGACAUCUGUCAGUAAUGUGGAAUCAUGGGUUAAGGUGGAAAAGAGUUUCAUCAACAAAAUGUUCCAGUACAUGAGGUGCAUUUGUUCAGUCAUGUUACAAGAUAAAGUGUAUGACUUUGGCUUUGAUGGCACAACUGUGGAACUUGGCAUUGUCAGUCUGGGCACCAGCACAGCAGAUGGUACCAAAAAGGCAGUUAAGGUUGAGAUCUUGGGUCUUUAUGAUCGCAAAAUGAAGUCUUACAGGUUGUUUGCUUCUGAGCCGGAGCCGGGAAGUUCAUCACGACAAAGAUUUGUGCGCAUCUUGAAGCCACUGGAGCGAGUUGUCCAUACCAAUGCUAUAAUUCUUUGUGACCAGUCUGUGGACAGAAAUUGCUUAUACAACAUGAAUUAUGGAAAGGUUAGUGUGUGUGAAACUAGUGAUAAUGAAGAGAACCUCCAAUCCAAUGCAAGAAUCAUGUCGUACCUGAGGAGACAUGUUCCCAAGAUGUUCCAGAGUGCCCUGUCACAAUUAAAUUUGCAACAAGUUCAGGUGGUUUUAGACGAGCUGUGUUGGCGUGAACGGUAUGGCCACUGUGCAGCACAGGCCUAUGUCAAUAUGAUUGAUCACAUCACGUACCUCACAACACGUGAAGCUGAAAAUCCUGGGGUGUUGCAUCUCUUAGAUUUUGUCUCUCAAAAGCCACAACACAAUUGGAGAUACAAAAGUCAACAUGUCCCAAAGGGAACCUUAUCUUUGCAGCCAUCCAUAAUAAUGACAACUCCCACUGCUGGCAGUAUCACACCACAGCUGGCCUUGGAUUCUACUACAUUGAAACAGACUCCCAUGGAACACACAAACAAGGUGGCUUUAGCUCCCCGUCGAAUCCAAGCCUCAUCCCUUGGGGUACCAGCAAGUAAGGUUCCAGUAGCUACAAUGUCUCCUAAAGCUGAUGUGAUUGAGUUGGAACCUUUUUACUAUGGCCAAAUACAAGGCGAUGCAACUUUGGGACGAGAACUGAACCUUCACACUUUCACUUGUCAUAUUUGUAAUGAAGUUUAUGAUAGCAAUUUGGAGUUCUACACUCACUUGAAGUUUCACCUGGGACGCUCUAGUACUCCUAAAAACAAAUUCUGCUGCUCCUAUUGCACUGAACACUUAGAAACAGAAGAAGCCAGGAAUUACCAUCAUAAAUUUAAACACAUGCAAAUGGAUCAAAGAUUCACCUGGUGCAGGAUAUGUUCGGAAUCUUUCACUGGGGAGUACCCGUUGGUCAACCACAUGGCCAAGAAGCAUUAUGAGAGUGAGCUACCAUAUCGCUGUGAAGUUUGUCACUUUUCCACGUCUAUUUAUUUCAGUGUCAUUGAUCACUUUAAUAAAGAGCAUAAAGAUACACCAUAUGUACAGUGCCACUACUGUCUCAAUGUGAAGUUCAUCACUGCUACUUCUGCCAGCACCUUUUCCCAGCGCAUGUUCCAGCAUUUACAGAAACAUGCUUCUCAACAAGGCAAAUGCAAGUUUUGUGUACUGUCUUUCUACAGUAAAUACCUCCUUGAGGAACACAAGAAGAAAGAUCAUGCUAGUUGUGCUCAAGUUAGAGGUUUACAACGCUACAAAGUGCCUGCUGGCCAGAACCGCAUUAUGUUCAGACCGUGGGUGAAACGUUUAUCUGCAACAAAUAACACAAGUUCAACCUAUAAUGCAACCAACCGACAAAAUUCUCUUGUGGCAAUAUCAUCAACUAUCGAAGUAAUGACAAAUGUAACCAUUACAUUGGAUACUGAAGAUCAAAGUUAUUAUUGCCUCGAAUGUGAUGCUAGUUUAUCUCUGGAAAACCAUUUCAGAGCUUAUCAGAGGUGUACUAAAUGUACCUAUGCGACUUGUUGCCGAAGUAUGAUUAGCAAGCAUUCCCAAGUGUUCCAUCCAACUGGAAGAAGCAAACGAGGCUACUACAACAUUGGUCCUCCAAUUAUCCUUCCUAAACCAAUGUUCUGCAUAUGUGGAUUCAGCACUCGCAGUGGCAACCAUCUUGCACGCCACCUGUCCAUGUGUGAAGGUGGGAGGAAGUCUGCUUAUCCAUCCAUGUCAGAUGCCAUGGUGUACAAUGGAGACCCCAUUACUGUGGAUGCAUUGUCCUUGGCUAAUCUUGGUCUCAGCAACAUUGCUAUAAGCGGCAUACUUCCAGAAACAACACUUGUGUCAACAAUGCCCGAUGCUCAAACAACACGUGACCAGACACUAGACAUGACUCACUUCAUGAGUAUGAGUAUGGAAAUAGAUGAAGAAGGUUGAAAAGUGCAUAUUUUUUACAAUGACAAAAUUUAUCUUACCAAAAAGGCCUGUACUUGCUAUGAUUUCUUUCUUUCUUUCGUGAUCUUGGAAAUUAAGGUGCAUUGGAUAUCUCUAAGGACUUAAAUUGUGUCAUCUAAGUUUUAGAGCAGUUUAGCUGGUCUUAAUUAAAUUCUUAAGACUUAAUAGUGAUUGAUAUUUAAAUUGUACAUAGAUUUCAUACUUUUUUUUUAUUCAAAUAUCGAUCAUUUACGGUGUGUAAAUUAUAACUUUCAUUAUAUAUUUAUAUAUCAUUUUGAUAAAUUCUGUUGACAUUGUUUUCUGUUAUAGGCAUUUAAAAUGCUGGAUGUAAAUUAUUAAUUUGAUAGGAAAGGCACACUUGAGUGUCAUUUUGAAGUAUCACGCAAUACUGUAUGGGUUCAACAGUAGUGAUGUAUUUUUGUUUUUUUUGCCAUUACAGUACUUGUAUUAAUAGAAUGCUGGAUUUCAAACUUAUUAAUUAAAAAAAACUUGGAA